CUCAAAGCACGUUUACACCUUGAAAGCUCAUCUUUUAUUCUCUAAUGAGAGACAAUUAUUCAUCCCCAAAACCUUUGCAACACAUGCUGUAUAAAAGCUAAACCCAACGUGUAAUCAGUAUCAUUUUGUAACUAGUACAUCAGCUGGUACAAGCAAACUCGGGUUAAAUAUAUAGUUUGGAACUGUUCAGUGUUUUAACAAAGUUGUGUUUUAAUAUUAUAUAAAAAGUAUUGUGUGUUUUGGUUUGUGAAGAAGUGUUGAUUUUGACAAUAUGAAGACAAUCGCAGUAGCUGUACUCCUCGUGGCGUUCGCUUGUGCUGAGCCACCUCUAUCAAACAGCUACUUGCCACCUCCAUCUUCAAGCCGCGGAGCCGGUUACCCUCAAGGACCUGCCAACCAGAACUUUGGACCCCAGAUUGUAGCGGCUCGCACCCUGGACGGGGCUCAAGGUCGAGCUGGUCAUGGUGCGCACGCCCAUGGUGGACAUGGGGCUCAAGCUAAUGGUUUUGGAAGGUCUGCCCAGGACCAUGGAGCUGCUGCCCACGCCCGCCACGGCGCUGAAGAACCAGCUGGCUACCCCAACAGCGCAGCCAGGAACGCUCUAGAGGAGCUCAACUCUGAGCCAGCAGACUACAACUUUGGUUACAUGGUGAAUGAUUACCAGGAGGGUACCGACUUCGGCCACCACGAGGAGAGGCAGGACGAGCGCGCACAGGGAGAGUACCACGUCGUGCUGCCUGAUGGAAGGAAACAGACCGUGAGCUACGAAGCUGAUGAACGUGGCUUCAAACCUCAGAUCUCCUAUGAAGACUCUGAAGACCUGGCUCGUUCAGGAGGUUACGACGGCAAUGCGAACAACGCCCGCAGCAACCAAGCCAACGGUUACAGCAACCACGGUAACCAUGGCAACGACAACGGUUACCAUGGCAACGACAACGGUUACCAUGGCAACGGAAACGCCCGCGCUAACGGUUACUGACUCAAACAUGGCCGCGUUCUAAACGCUGUUCUAAUUUUGAAUGUGUAUUUUUUUCUUUAAUUCUUUUAUUAUUAUUGUGUAAAAUGUAAAAAAAAUAUUGUGUUCGUAAUGGUAACUUUUUAAAUUCAUUUAUUGAUUUGAUUAAAUUAUUUAAGAUCAAAA